AUGACCGAAGAACAAAAAUCAAAAAAUCAAGAAAAUUUUUCUCCAAAAGGCGGAAACCAACCAAUUCAAAACCCAAAACAAGCCGUCAUAGUAACAGAUAAAAUUGUGAAGAUCCCUGUAUCUGAAACGAAAAUCCCUAAUUACCCACUUUUUGUAUAUGUAUUUCCAACAGAUGGAAACAACCAAUUGGAGAACGAAGAGGAAGAGCCUCAGGAAAAUCCAGAGAAUGCUGAAGCACUUCAAUUAAAUUUGGAUCCAAACAUUGUGGAUCUUUGGUGCUGUAAAAUGAAUAAAAAGACUUUUUUAUUGUUAUUGAUAUUUGGAAUAAUUUUUGCAAUUGGCGUAAUUGCGUAUAAUGUUGGCAAAGCAAGAAAUUAA